GUUGUCACCGUACAAUAUCUUAUAUCCGUAUCAUAAUAUUCGAAAAACAUAUCCGAAAAUUUAUAUGAAAUAUUAUAAAUAUCAAAAAAUAUAAACAAUAAUUAAAUACAACCCAUUUUGCGAAUUAAUACAUAAAUUUGAAAUUUCUACCAACUAUAUCUAUAAUUUCAAUAAAAAACUAUUAAAAUAAUAAAGUCAAACUAUAACUCAGUAAAUUUUUACUGCUGUAAUAAAAUAAAAAUAUGGACAUUAAAAAUUUCAGUGAGCCAUCGAUUACUUUGUUAAGAAUACGUUAAGAAAACAUCUUACUCCAAGGGCAUUUUAAGGUGAGGGUAUGGAUACAUUUUACACCCGCGCUAUUCAUGCUUUCCAUGAACACCGAGGAGUUGUAAAUGGAAUGUCGUCGGGAAUAGCUGCAACUUUGGAUAAAGAUGGUGUGCUCAGUCUCAUUGUUGUCCUUGGAGGAAGUCUUUCCCUUGUUGCGCUUGUUUUCGCUUUUAUAACCUAUAGCCUGUUUUCCGACUUACGAAGUUUGGCGGGAACAACGCUUAUGAAUUUACUGGCUUCUCUGUUUAUGGUGCAACUUCUUUUCAUUAUCGGUGUCGGCGGAGUUCAGGAUUCAGAACUGUGUAUCGCUCUUGGAUUAAGCCUUCAGUACUUGAGAAUAUCAGUAGUUUGUUGGAUAGUUGCUAUGUGUCAUCAUCUUCAUGCGACCAUAGCAUCAGUUCCCGGAUGCGAUGACCAACCAACGUAUCUUAAGUACAGUAUUUUUGCUUGGGGAACACCACUUCUUACUCUCGGAGCGUCUAUACUCGCCCAAACUUAUGAAACCCACGAUUUUUGGAACGUCACAGAUCUAACACCCUUCAACUGUUGGUUCUUAGGUACUAAGGCUACAAUCUACACCUACAGUCUACCAAUCACUCUUCUAAUCCUUAUCUCUGGGUACUAUCUUUUCAAUGCUGCUAUAAUAGCAAGAUAUACUUAUAGUAUGCAGUUGGAAAUAAAGCAACGAGAGAAGAUGAAAAAAAGGCAAACCCUUCAGCUAAUACUUUUCCUGAAGAUCUGCUUAACCAUUGGUUUCAUUGCUGGUUGUGGUGUAGCAGCAAGAGUAUGGAGAAUACCUCUAUUGUGGGCGAUUUUUUGUACCGGACACUCACUCCAGGGUCUCAUCGUAGCGCUAUCCGUAGCUUGCAACUGUAAAAUAUUAAAAGUCUACGCCAGAAAGCGAACGCAGUCUAAACAACAGAUUGCAAAGUCAUCGAGUAUGCAGCUAUUGGCUCCACAUCCUGACCCGGUGUAAAAAUAAUAAAUUCUGUCAAGAAUAAAAAAAAUUUUGAAAAAUUGACCAAAAUUAACAGCGCGAAGUACCCGUGCUAUUUAUCAUCUCGUUUGCAUUUAAAUUGUUUUAGAAGAUACUAAAUUAUAUUUUUACACAAAUUUAUUAUUAUUUAUUUUAUACUCACACAAUUUUUAGUCUAUAUUUUUAAAUCAUAA